GGAGGCAGGUCCGUCAUGUGGUCUCUGACGGCCCUACUGCUCCUGGUUCCAAGCAGCGGGCAAGCUGCUACUCUGGAGAAGCCCGUAUUGUCUCUACACCCGCCCUGGACCACAAUCUUCAAGGGGGAGCGGGUGACCCUGCGAUGUGAUGGGUACCACCCUCCGCUCCUGGAGCUUCGGCCCAUCAGCACUCUCUGGUAUUUGGGCCACCUGCUUCUGCCCUCUCACAAGAAGAGCAUCGAGGUGCAGACACCAGGCGUGUAUCGAUGCCAGACCCGGGGGGCGCCCGUCAGUGACCCCAUCCACCUGUCUGUUUCCAAUGACUGGCUGAUCCUGCAAGUGCCCUACGCCGCGGUGUUCGAGGGCGAGCCGCUGGUCGUGCGCUGCCGCGGCUGGUACGACAAGGUGGUGUAUAAGCUUCACUACUACCACGACGGCAAGGCGGUGCGCUACUUCCACUCCAGCGCCAACUACACGGUGCCACAGGCGCGCGCCAGCGACAGCGGCCGCUACCAGUGCUCGGGCACCAUGCGCAUCCCGGUGGAGAGCGCGCCCAUGUUCUCCGCCAAGGUGGCCGUGACCGUGCAAGAGCUGUUCCCGGCGCCGGUGCUCAGGGUGACCGGCCGGGCGGAGGCCCGCGGCGGGGUGGCGGUGCGCUGCGACACCCGCCUGCACCCGCAGAAGCGCGACACGCCGCUGCAGUUCGCCUUCUACAAGUACAGCCGCCCCGUGCGCCGCUUCGACUGGGGCGCCGAGUACACGGUCCCCGAGCCCGAGGUCGAGGAGCUCGAAUCGUACUGGUGCGAGGCCGCCACCGCCACGCGGAGCGUCCGGAAACGCAGCCCUUGGCUGCAGCUCCCCGGGCGCGGUGCCGUCCCGGACUCGGCGUCCACCACCGCCCCAGUCCCGCAGGCCGCAGCCUUGGCGCCCGGCAACCAGCCGCUUUCCUUCAGAAAGCCCCCUGUGUCCCGAUCGGCCGCUCCGGUCACCUCCGUCCCGAACAUCACCUCGCCGGGGCUGCGGUUCCCCGCGGGCAGAGCCCCCACUGCUGGGCCCCCGGCCUGCGCCCCGCCGACGCCCUGGGAGCCAUCGGCCGCCGCAGCAGCCCUGAAACCCGACGUGGACCUUCUGCUGCGGGAAAUGCAGCUGCUCAAAGGCCUCCUGAGCCGGGUGGUGCUGGAACUGAAGGAGCCACAGGCCUUCCCAGAGCACGGGGACACCCCCGGGCCCCCCACUUCCCACUUGGCUGUGAGCCCGGCAACGCAGGCCACCGCUGUCGUGGAGAGCUGAGGGGGCCGGGGCGCCACUGUCCCCUCCCCGGGCUCCUUCACCUGCAGCCUCUCCCGCUUGUCACCCGCAGAGAC